UUUAGUUUUACAGAAUUUUUGGAUCCAUUCCAGCGGGUUAUCCAGCCAGAAGAGAUCUGGCUAUAUAAGAAUCCUUUGGUGCAAUCAGACAACAUACCUACACGUCUUAUGUUUGCAAUCUCAUUCCUCACGCCACUCGCAGUCAUUUUUGUGGUGAAAAUAAUCCGCCGAACAGACAAGACUGAAAUUAAAGAGGCUUUCUUAGCUGUUUCCUUGGCUCUAGCUCUGAAUGGUGUCUGCACAAAUACAAUUAAAUUAAUUGUGGGAAGACCGCGUCCCGAUUUCUUUUACCGCUGCUUUCCAGAUGGAGUAAUGAACUCUGAAAUGCACUGCACAGGUGAUCCAGAUCUGGUGUCUGAAGGCAGAAAAAGCUUUCCCAGUAUCCACUCUUCCUUUGCAUUUUCAGGCCUUGGCUUUACCACCUUCUACCUGGCUGGGAAGUUGCACUGCUUCACCGAAGUUGGCCGGGGGAAGAGCUGGAGGCUUUGUGCAGCAAUUCUGCCCCUCUACUGUGCCAUGAUGAUUGCCCUCUCACGGAUGUGUGACUACAAACAUCACUGGCAAGAUGCCUUCGUCGGAGGGAUCAUUGGCCUCAUUUUUGCUUAUAUUUGCUACAGACAACACUACCCUCCUUUGGGUAACACAGCUUGUCAUAAAUCUUAUGUCAGCCUGCUAGAUCAGAACUCUGUGAAGAAAGAAGAGAGACCUACAGCAGAUAAUGCUACUGGGCUGCCUCUAGAGGGAAUAACUGAAGGUCCUGUAUGA